AUGGGAUUGGCACUCGUCCUCACACAAACACUCCAGCACUGGUGGUGGGCCAUCUUGUGUCUCCUAUGCAUUGCAAGACUGGUCCACAACUACUCGAAGCUGUCAUUUGUGCCCGGCCCAGCGUUGGCCGGCGUGACCGACCUGUGGAGAUAUUUCCACGGCAAGGCUGGCAAAUGCGUCGACGACUACCAACUGCACAGAAAGUACAACUCGAAGCUGCUGCGCGUCGGGCCGAACCAGAUCUCCGUCUCGGAUGCCACCGAAGUGACCAAGAUCUAUGGGUUGAACCCGAUCUUCAACAAGGGGGAGGCGUAUGUGACGCAUAGCUUCACGAGCAUUUGGGGGGAAGUGAUGCCUAACCUCUCUUCGACGCGAGACGAGAAACUCCACGCGCGUUUGAGGAGACCGGUAAACAAUGCCUAUUCCAUGAGCACGGUCAUCGACUAUGAAUAUCUGAUGGACUCUACCACCAAUGUCUUCUUUGACGAGUUGACGGAACGUUUCGCGCGGACUGGCACAGUGUGCGACUUCGCAACCUGGCUCCAGAUGUACGCCUUUGACGUUCUGGGUGAAAUCACAUUCAGCAAGCGCUUUGGCUUCCUGGAAGCCGGGCACGAUUUGGAAAACAUGCUCUAUCACACUGCUCAGCAUAUGGAAUACCUCGGCACAAUGGGACAGUUACCAUCGCUCGAUAGAUGGUUCCGACUCAACAACCCCUUUGCGCGACUGUUGGUCAAGCCCAAUGCUAUCGUCAGUUUUACCACCAAGCACAUUCAUGAGCACAAAAGCCGGUCGGAGGAACACAGUAAACCGGACUUUGUGACACGCUUUCGGAUGGCUCAGGAGAAAUAUCCCGACGUCAUGACCGACUCCCAACUGAUCGACUUUGCCGUCACGAAUGUCAGUGCUGGCUCUGAUACAACGGCGAUCAUCCUCCGCGCCGUCUUCUUCUACCUCUUGACAGAUCAACCCAGACUCGAGAGGGUCAUGGGCGAAAUCAGGCAGAUACUGGCAAAGCGACCAAGGGACCGCAGCUUUGGAGACCACUUCUCAUGGUCCGAGGCGCGGCAGAUGCCGUUCCUCCAAGCCUGCAUCAAGGAAUCCUUGCGGAUGCACCCGGCACUGGGGAUGGUCUUGCCUCGCGUGGUACCCGUUCAAGGCGCCACUAUCUGCGGUGUCUUCAUUCCCGGCGGCACCGAAGUGGGAUGUAACGCGUGGACGGUCCACCGGGACAAGGACGUAUAUGGCGAGGACGCCGACCUGUGGAUACCGGAGAGAUGGUUGGACGAUGACGAGGAAAAGGUGAAGAUGAUGGAGAGAUACAACUUCGCCUUUGGCGCAGGCUCUCGGACUUGUAUUGGACGUCACGUUGCCAUGCUCGAGAUAUCAAAGCUGGUGCCAGAGGUGUUUCGACAUUUUGAGGUGGAAUUGGUAGACCGCCAUCGUUACAAAGCAAAGCCAGGAUGGCUAGUGGUCCAGUCAGGACUGGAUGUUGUCCUCAAAGUGAGGGACCCGAAAACACUAGAAAUUCCUCAGCAGACGGUCGAGUCAUAG